AAUUAAUCAUCACAUGUCGAUAAUAAUUUAAUUAUUAUCAUCAUAACAUGAAUGAUUUUUCUACUUAUCCAUCGUACUUGUUUUUCUCGCAGUCACACGACGUUUAAAAAAUUCUUUUAAAGUACGCAUGUACAAAUCAGAAAUACUUUUGUACAAAUACGUGGGUGUGCUUUUGCAAAUAUCAAAGUGUACGAAAGCAUAAGAGAAAGCUAGAGUAGGAAAGAGAAUCAAAACGAUCAAUAUUGUGAACCCCACCCCUGUAAUCGAAAUUUCCGGCACCCCGUCUGAAGAAUUUUUACUAGAAAUCAGUUAGUUUCUCGUCAAACACCGAACUUGUUCUCUUCAACGAUGGGAAGUGAAAAUAUUGAGUGCAGAAAUUAAUUACUUAAUGGAUUAAUCAACAAUCAGUGCACUAAAAGAUUAAAUCACAAUAUCCUAAUUUAUUUUUUUAAUCACGGUAAUUAACUCAUUGGAUGAUACUCUACAGAAUCAUCCCUUAUCAAUACGGACUUCAGUAUGAAAGCAAGAGCACCGAUGCAGGAGUCAAAAAAAAUGACAGAAAGAAUGAGAAAAUCGGCGAAGAGUUCAAGUUUCAGAGCUAGGAUUAGAGUAUUGCCUACAAACAAAUGUAAAAGCACCUUAAUAUCUUCAGCAGUAGGUCAAUAACGCAUUUAAUCAUCCUCUACGCGAGUCAUGAAGUUGAAAUUAGGUGCUAUGACGAUUAACUACCUCUUCUAUAUGUACAAAGUUAAUACCGAAUUGAUUUUAUUAUCCUUAAAGCAUAAAAAAUAGGUAAAAACUCACAUAAAAGAAAAUAAAAUCUAAAAUCCAAAUAAAUCAGUACAUUAUUAAUGAAAAUAUAUAAACAAUUCAAUUAAAUCUGAUAAUACAAAUGGAAGUUGAUAAAAGAUAGUGCAACUAAAAAUGCACUAAGUUGCCAAUUUACAUGUACAUAAUAUUGUAUAUAUAUAUAUAUAUAUAUGAUACAUGUACAAAUGUGUAUAUAUAACUAAUUGUAUAUACACUGUAAAUUGUAAGCAUUAAGAAAGAACGAAUGGAAGAUAAGUAUUGAAGACAACAAGAGAAGACGAGUGUGAAAGAGUGAAAGGAUAAAAGUUGUUUUUGAUUAUUUCAAAAACAGAAAAAAAAGCUUAUAGAAAUACGGAAAUUACAUUUUUAUUUUAAAUAAACUCAUUGAGAAUAUUAUUAAAACUAAUAAACAUUGAGUUUUCUUGAUAAAAAGUGAGACGAAGUUAUAUAGCAGACGAAGAGGAUAAUAAAUAAUAUUGAAAAAGUGAAAAAAUAAAUCUUAUUAAAGAUUAAAAGAAUAAAAAAUGUCUGAACCUUAUGACCCAAGUUUAAUAUGGCUAGUGGUGGUUGGCUUCAUCGUGGCUUUCAUUUUAGCCUUUGGAAUUGGAGCUAAUGAUGUAGCAAACAGCUUUGGAACAAGCGUGGGUGCUGGAGUCCUGACUAUUUUUCAGGCUUGUAUCCUGGCAACGAUUUUCGAAAUCGCUGGAGCCGUUUUAAUCGGUUACAAAGUAUCAGAUACGAUGAGAAAAGGAAUCCUAGAUGUUCGUUUAUAUGAAGGAUUCGAAAAAGAAUUAAUGGUUGGAACACUUUGUAGUCUUAUUGGAUCUGGAGUCUGGUUAAUCUUCGCGACCGCACUCAGGCUACCAAUUUCCGGUACUCAUUCGAUUGUUGGAGCUACUGUUGGCUUUUCUCUUGUUUGCAGAGGCACUUCGGGAGUAAAAUGGAUGGCUCUAAUAAAUAUUGCAGCGUCCUGGUUCGCUAGUCCAUUGCUCAGCGGAACUGUAUCGGUGUUAAUAUUCUUGUUGAUCAAAAAGUCAAUAUUAUAUUCUAGAAACCCAUUAGAGCAAGGUCUACGGGUCUUGCCGAUUAUUUAUGGCCUUACCGUCGCUGUGAAUAUUCUUUCAGUGGUCCUCGAUGGACCGAAACUUUUGAUGUUAGAUAACAUUCCUGUAUGGGGAAGCUUAAUAGCAGCAGCAGGUUUGGGUAUCUUGAUCGGCAUUAUUGUCUACAUCUUCGUAGUUCCAGCUCAACGACGUCGAAUUUUGCUUAAUAAUCAUCUAGACACAACAACUAACUUUGGAAACUGUGACAAAAAAGAAACAACUCCUCUAUCUGUCAUCACAGAAUCAACUGUUCCUACUACAGUUACUCCUAAAGCUGGUGAAACUGUUCAACCAACACUUAGAGGUAAUACUAGUGCAAGCCCACUUCUAAUAACAACUGGGGGCAAUGAAGCUGGUGAUGAAAAUCUUAGUGAUCCAGGAGAGCCUCCGAAUCGAUCUGAAGACAAUCCAGAAAUAUCUAAGCUCUUCUCCUUUCUCCAAGUAUUAACAGCUGCUUUUGGGAGCUUUGCCCAUGGUGGAAAUGAUGUCAGUAAUGCGAUAGGACCUCUUAUAGGUCUCUGGAUUGUGUAUGCUGAUGGAUCAGCAAGGCAAGAGACAGAAACUCCACUUUUAAUUCUUCUCUAUGGUGGAUUUGGUAUUUCUGUUGGUCUUUGGAUCUGGGGAAGACGUGUCAUUCAAACUCUUGGUCAAGAUCUAGCUAAAAUCACUCCUACUACUGGCUUUACUAUCGAAAUUGGAGCUGCUUUGACAGUUCUUUUAGCCAGUAAAUUAGGUCUACCAGUCUCUACUACCCACUGUAAAGUCGGGUCAGUCGUUUGUGUAGGCUGGGCAUCAAGAGGUGGUGAAGGAGUCUCUUGGAAAAUCUUCCGUAAUAUAGCUUUUGCCUGGCUCAUCACUGUUCCUGCUGCCGGGCUCCUUUCUGCUGGUUGCAUGAGUGUCAUGAAGCAGUUCGUAGAAAUGUGAUAGCGGUUAUUUGUUGCUCCAAUGUUCAUCAUGCUGAUGAGUUAUAGCUAACGCUUAAGUUAUUGCCAAUAUUCACCUCUAUUAAUUGUUAAUUAAUGAUUCAUUCAUUAUUAAUCCAAUAAAUACAUCGUUUCGAGAUAGAAAUAUUUUUGUCUUAAUAUUACUAGUAUUAC